AAGAAAUACUUUCAGUAUGUUUUGAAAGCUCUGGAUCAGGACUGACAGUAAUACGGUCCAAUCGUUAUUUACAAAAGGGACCAAAAUAUUAUACACACACGCCAAUAACAAUCACUAAAAUCUGAAGGGGGUGUAAAUUGAUUGAAAUAACCAGAAAGAUUUGGGUUCAGUAAUAGGAUUACUCCCAUUUUAGCAUAAUAGGAAGAUGUACGUACUCCAAGGCACAUAUACACGGAAUCAAAUGCCGUUUCUGCUCUGAACUGCAAAGACAUUCACGGGUGAAAGUGUUUCCCUGGCAUAUUUUCAAUGAGUAUGUCCUUAGCACAGAGAGUGCUACUGACCUGGAUCUUCAGCCUCGUCUUUCUCAUCAUGCUGGUGCUGAAGCUCGAUGAGAAGGUCAACUGGAACUGGUUCCUCAUCUUUGUACCUAUAUGGAUCUUUGAUGCCAUACUCCUCCUCAUGCUGGCACUCAAGAUGGCAGGGCACUGUAAGCCAGGCCACGAGCCACGCGACGGCCCACAGGACCUACGGAGGAAGACCUGGUACCUGACAGCCAUGCUGCUGAAGGUGGCCUUCUGCCUCACGCUAUGUGUGCGGCUUGAACAGCUGGCAGAGAUUAAACUUUCGCUCGUCUGCAUCCCACUCUGGGUCCUACUCCUGGGUGCCAUGACUGAACUGGGGUACAACAUCUUCCCUGAGCAGAGAGAUUGAUGUGCUUCCAUCUGAGUCAGGCCGUCAUCCUACUACAAAGGUUCUCAUAUCAGUAUGGAAAACCUCCUUUACUUCAUUCACUUUAAAUAAUUAACAACCUCCUCGUGAUAAGGUCAUACUGUCACUUUUAACAGAAUUGGAAACAUGAGAAAAUGUUGGCUUUUCAUGCAGGGAACCUUAAUGUAGCAUUAAGUCAUUUUUAAGCCUUAAUUCUUUACUGGAUACCAAGAUAUUGAGAAAUUCAGCAUAGCUACUGUUUUUGUAUGGAAUGCGCUGUUAAUUUAAAACCUAUGUAUUUAUGAAUUGUCUGCCAUUCUUUUUCAUGGCUGUCACAUAGAAACAGUUGCAUUUUUAAUAGAAGGCAUACUUUGAAUAGCACAUAAUAUAGUGGUGCUGUGAAUAAAGAGUAAAGAAAAGGCAA